CGCGCACAUUUAUACAAUAACCUGCUGUUAGUUACUGAUAUGCCCCAGGGUAAUUAAGGGAGAUACAAUUCGCGCCCUUGAACUAGGCCUCCAUCGUCCCGACAAGUAUAGGCAUCAAUUGUGUACUCUCCAGAGUUCUCACGAUGUUCCUACGCCUAAGAGCAUGUUUUCGGGGAAUUGAGGAGGCGGCAACCUGCGCGCAACAGUGCGGCCUGUAAUUUCGCGAAUGACUCUUCAGCUUCUGGGAGCCGCUUGCAAGUGGUCACAGCCUUCCGGGAUGAUGACGAGUUUCGGUCCAGGCCAUGUCACGACAUUCGCACCGCUCGCCGCUGCUUGGAAGCUCCCAUCGAUCCCAAAAACCUUGCCCACAUGGGCGAGACCGGAUUCCUAGGUUCCCGCGCGUGUUUCCAGCGGCAGUCCACGCCGGACGUACUCACCCCAACGUGCGAUGUCCACGACACCACCCCGAUGGCUGAAAUCGACGUGCAGCUGAGGUGCUCCGCCGUCCCGGCCCCGCGCACCGAGGUUCCCAACGCAGCUUCAAGGCCUGGCCGCGCCGCACCCAGCGCCGGCAGCCACCUCAGGCCAGCUUUGCCGCCGUCCCUGACGCUCCUGGCAGCGCAGGGCAGCAGCGGCGCAGCGGAGAGCAGGCUCCUGGCCAAACUUGUAUACAGCACCCUGCGGCCUACAGCCCCCGAGUCACAAGGGGCUGACGGCGCUGGCGGCAGUGCUGCAGCCGCAGUAGCGACCAUUUGCACGACGGCAGCUGCUACAGCCGCCGAUACCGGCGGCUACAAGCUACCAGCUGCAGACAGCGCCAGCAUGAACGGCGAGUGCCCGCAGCUGGAUUCCAGCCUCUCUGUCGGUGGUGCCCGAGUGAAUGGCGGUGAUACAGGCGGCAACGGUGCAGGGCUGUACAUGGGCGGCGAUAAUGACACUGAGGAGCUAGCCAUGGCAGCGGCCACGCCGGCUGCUGCCCCUGCGGCUGCUGCUGUGCCCGCUACGGCGGCCGCGACGCCUGUGUUGCACCUGCAAAUUCCCAGGUCGUUAUCAGAGCCCACUCCGACCGGAAGGUGCCUGCACCGCUGCGGUACGCUGCCGACGGUGAUGCCGGUGGCAGCCGAGGUGGCAGCGGCGGAGCUUGCACCGGCGGUUGCAGCCGCAGUAGCGGCCACUGAGCCGCUCCCGCGCUCGGUGCAGCACGUGACCACCGUCGCCCCGCGCCUCCAACUGCCGCGGGAUGGCGUGGCCGCCGCCUCCGCCGCAGCCGCCGCGUCAAGCGCGUGCAACGGCCACGCUGCUGCAAGCGCCGAGCAGCAGCAGGUGCUGCCGCCGGCGCUGCUGUCUCGGCGGCGCCAUCCCCGUGUAGCGAGCCGGGUCCAGGGGCCUGUUCUGGCGGCCACGUGCGACCGCAUCGCCGCUGUUGAUGACGUGGGCGUGGCGCCAACGGAUACGGCAGCGGCGGCUGCGGGCGCUGCUGGCGGGUACGGCUCUCACGUGUACACGGACGCGGCUGGCCGGGACGGCGACGAUGAAGAAGACGACGAGGAUGCUGACGAGGACGCGGCGGAUGAGGAUGCGGAUGAGAACGAGAUGAGCCACGUGAUCCGCCACGUGAUGCGGAUGGCCCGCCGGCACCACGUGCAGGAGUCACGCGCAGCAUGCAGCAGGCUGCUGCAGGUUCUGGAACCCGCCGGCCGUGGCAACGCUGCUGGCGCCUCUGCCAGCGGCUCGGCUGCUACUGGAGCUGCCGCCGGCUCCAAACUGGCCGGAACAGCACCGACCAUGCCUAUUGCGGAACCGGUUGCGGCAACAGUCGUGGAGGCCGCUGCUGCGCAUGCGAGCCACCUGAAGUGCAGCAGCAGCUCAGCUGGCGGCGGCGGGGACAGUGACGAGGCACAGCGGGCUAGCUACAGCCUUAGCGCCCUGCACUACGGCAAUAGCAUUGCUGCCAUGGCGGUCGGCAAUGGGGCCUCGUUCUGCGCCAUUUCGUCUUGCGAGGUCGCCUCGGAGGAUGUGUCCGCCGAAAUGGCUGCCCUGGCUGCGGCGAUGGCGCACCAGCAGCAGCAGCAGCAGCAGCAGCAGCCGGGUCAGGCGGUGGCGGCAGCUGCUGCAGCUGGCGGUCUGGCGCUGGUAGGCGGCGGCAGCGUCGCUGGCGCGGAAGUGGGCGGCUGGGUCGAGCGCGUAAGCCGCACGUCCCUCAACGAGGCCCUGCAUGAUCGGCAGCGGGAGGUGGCGGCCGGACUGGCGGCUGCAGCGGCCGCGGCUCGAGGCCCCAGCGGCGGUGCUGCAGCGGCAGUGCCGGCGUACACCUCGCGCCGCAGAACCGAGGCGCUGAGUGGCAUGUGCGCCCCUCCUGUUGCUGAGGCGGGUGUGGACAAUAGGGCUUCGUCUCAGGUGGCGCUCAUGCGACUGCUCCGAAUCGGCGAGCCGGCACCGGCAUUCGCACAAGGCGGCGGCCAGCCGUACGCGAAUGACGGGCGCAACCUGGGUCAGCACCACCCGGCAGGUGCCGCUGCCUCUCACGCCCUGGCCCCGCUGCUACCUGGCGAGCGGCCUCAGGCGCAGCCGCUGCCGCAGCAGCUGCGGGGGGUGUCCUGGCUGUGCCGGAACCUCAGCGGACUCAAGUGGUUGGGUGAGGGCGGCGGCGGUGUUGUCUUCCAGGCCGUGUGGCACGGCGCGCACGUGGCCGUCAAGCUGAUGGCAGCUGACGUGGCCGCGCACGUGGACGCCACAGCCCUGGAGGCGGUGGUGGGGCUGGCGCUGGGUCACCCGAACGUGGUCACCACCUACUGCGCCGAUGUGUGUCUGAUGACCGAGUCCAUGGAGCUGAUGCUGCACAGCCUCGGUGUGGAUUCAUUCUCGCCCACCGGCAUGGCCAGCUCAAUGUCUGACGGGCCCUUCACGUCCGGCGACGGGUUCGGCGAGCCGGACCCAGCCAAGACGGCGUCCGCCCACCGCAAGGACCAGAUCUGGUCUCUGCGGCAGGUGCUGUCCCACCUGGGCGUGCGGCCCGGCCGACACCUCACCUGGAUGGUCAUGGAGCACUGCGACCGCGGCUCACUGAUGCAGGCCAUCCAGCGCGGCAUCUUCCGGAUGCCAAAGCCGCAGACCCAGGCCGCUGCCGCUGCCGCGGCCGCUGCCGCUGGCAACCGAGACAGCCCACUGCCCUUCUCGCGCCGCGUGGUGCUAAGGGCGCUGCUGCGUACGGCGCGUGAGGUGGCGCAGGGCAUGUGCCAUCUGCAUGCCAACGGCAUCAUCCACGGCGACCUCAAGCCCGGUAACGUGCUGCUGCGCGGCUGCCGCAACGACCGCCGCGGCUUCUGCGCGCUCGUGAGCGACUUCGGCCUGAGCAAGGUGACGCCGGGUGGCCAGGCGGUGGUGGCUCACAACUGGAGCACCGUCACCGCCCAGGCGCCCGAGACCUUUGCUGGGCAGUGGCUUCCCGCGUCGGACGUGUGGUCCUUCGGCAUCCUGCUGUGGCAGCUGGUGGCCGGCGAGGACGUGCCGUACCGACACCUGGCUGUGCACGAGGUGGCGGCGGGCGUGUCAUUGGGCCUGCUUGUGCCCGAGUGGCCGCACGACACGCACCCGUCUGUGUUGGCUCUGGGCCACGCCUGCCUGUCGCUCAGCCCCCAGCAGCGACCCACAUUCAGUGUGAUCGUCAAGGCCCUAAUUGAGAUUGAGCAGUGCGUGCGAAAUGAGGCUCGGGCCUCCGCCAGCGCCACAAACAGCAGCGAGCAGCAGUGAUUCACGCCUCAAGGUACUGCACCGCUGCGCCACCGCUUGUGGCGGCUUAUGUUUCGUCAUUGCAACAACCUGCCCAGGGCGCACCGCAGCAGUGGUCCUGGAUAGCUUAAGUGUGCUGCCUUAAAUGAGACCGUGUAGCAAUACAGCAACCGCAACGAUAGGGCUCCUGUGCUGUGUAUUCGUACCAUGGCGUAUUCGUACAGUGAGCCAUCUUAUGUUUUGCAAAUACUAAAUGAUUCAAGAAUUGUUCAUGCUUUUGAUGGUUGUCGUGUAUUUGCUGCGCGAGCACUUGUUUUAAAUAACCUUCAUGGCAUUGCGGCUUGGGAGGUGGGGGGGACUGUAGAUACCAGCCCAAACUAACCCGAACUGGGGUAUGGCGCCCUUGUCCUGCCCCUGUCCCCAUCGCCGCUUUGCAUUUAAUGCGCUUUGACCUAUGAGGCAGAGGGGUGGUAUGGGGUAUAGGAUUGGUCCCGCCGCCGGUCACCCCUCCGUGGAUUGGAUUGGCCAGAGUAGGAUUGGACCCGGCACUUAAGGAUUGGGUUUGACCGGCCAAGGAUUGGAACACCACUUUUGGGGAUUGGGUUUGGUCGGGUGGGGAUUGGUGUCGGCACUUGAGGAUUGGGAUAGGGCAGGUGAGGAUUGCUUUGCGCACUUAGGGAUUCAGAUAGGACAGGUGGGGAUUGGGCCUUGCAGACUGUCCCAGGCUGUCCUGACACCGCUGCAAUUCUGAUUCGG